AUGGAGUUGGAUACAUUUGAGGUGCCAAAGAGAUUCAACAUGCCAAGGUUUCAAAUCUACGACGGUAAGUCUGAUCCAAACUUUCAUGCGUUGGCGGUCAUUUCUUUCAAGAACGACCUGGAUGAUGAUUGCCCGCUUCGACAAUCACUUGCAAAAACCUUACCGAAGAGCAUAAAAGAGUUCAUGGCACGGGUUGAGAAAUAUGUCAAAGCGGAGGAAGACAUAAAAGAAAAGAAGACACCAAAACCAGAAAUGAGAAAUGGCUCGCCAAAGCGAGGUCGAGGUAAUACGGGCGUUGACAGGUCACAAACAAGAGUGAGGGCUAUGCUGACAUUCAACAGGAUAUUCUGGAUUCCAAUCUAUAUGGUUCUGGAGAGGAUCAGAAACCAACCAUACUAUAGAGCGUUGAAGAAGGUCCCUGAUGAGUUCAUGGGCAGGAGCACUAGGAAGCAUUGUGCUUACCAUAACAAGGAUGGGCACAUGACUCAGGGAUGCAGGGCUCUAAAGUCACACCUAGAGGAUCUAGUCAGAUAG